AUGCCGAGCUUCUUCCAAUUCACGCAAGGCAACGAGUCCCGAACCCGGUUCACGAGCGACUCGUCUCCUCUGCUAGGUCGCUUUCGCGCCGUACCCCAAGACUCCGAUGUCAGCGGUCGCCGUCGUCGGUCCAGCACCCUCGGUCUCUUCUCCAACAAUCGUGGCAGUGUGCACGUCGGUUACGGCGCGCUUCUCUCUGCAGCUGGUCUCGAUAACCACGAUAACGGUGCUGAUAGAGUCGACUUGGAGGAUCUGAGCUUAUGGCAGCGGACCUGGCGCGGGAUUGUCGAUGUUUGGGUCGAGCCAAAGCAGAGUGCCGUCAAGAAGGUGGUUGACGUUUGGUGGAGUCGGUAUGGAUGUCUGGUGUUGAUGCCCGCUGCUCUGGCCAUUGCGUGGUGUGCGCUGCCGUUUCCGCAAUAUCAGUUUCCUGACGAAGAUGACGACCGUAGUGAGCCCGGGUCUGGCUCGGGGCGCAAGGUACCUGGCCACGGAGAAGCACGAGUGCAGAUUAGUUUCUGGUUCUUCCUAUUUGUCUACUAUGGCUUCUACAACAUUACCGCCCUGAUUUGGAUCACCAAGGUCUUCAAUCUUUACAGCCUGAACUGGUGGCCGCAAUCCCUCGGCUUCCCGGUCACCAUGUCUCUGAUUGCCAUUGUCUCAAUAGCAGUGCCCAUCCCGCUUUAUCUUACCCCAGAAACACGAUUCCUUACUCAACAUAACACAGCUUGGAUCUCCUGGACAUUUAUCGUCAUGGCUAUGCCGGUAGCUAUAGCGUUCUGCAUUCUCCUUACCUCAGAACGUCACCUGAAAUUACGCCACUCGCUAUCUGAGACGCAGCGGAUCUUCACAACGUCUUGGUGGACUGGUGAGGCUGAAGGAAGUAUCCCUCGGCGAGAUAACCGUCGCCGGCCAAACCUCAGCCACGACUCGUUCGACCCGGACGCGGCGUUGCAGGUCGGCUCAGGGCAGCCCAGACACUUGACCAGCGUGAGGAUACGCCGCAGAUGGCUGCCAGCCAGCUUCGUACGUUUUAUCUGGUUCUGUCUGGCCUUGUUUGUCGGCCUCAUGGCGUAUGUGAUAGGAGAAGCGUACGCAGAGAUCUACUUACGGACGUUACCCCACAAUAAUUUGGAAACAAUCGUCUACGUCUACAGCUGGAUCAUCACGGUCCAUCUGCUCGACGCCUUGACAGGUUGGCUGCUAGGUAUUCGCGAGGGUGAACGUGUUGGGAGCUACCCUCUCAGCUGGGUGUUCAAGCUAUACUUCAUGCUCACCUACCAAACCUACGUUCGCGCGCUAUACGCCCGCCUUCGCUCCCCAGAGCAAUUCGUGUAUCUUCAGAUACUUUCCAGCAGCACCCUCAUCAUCCUCACCCCUUUGACGAUGUCGCGCCUCUACCACCGCAUUACCGUCACCCUUAACCUGACAGACCAGUCCUACGCGUCAUAUCAAAAGGUCUGCACCCGCAACGUUUUUAUCCGCUUCCUCGCAGAGAACGUGUCCAUGGCGGCCUUCCUCGGCAGCGUCCUGGUUCUACACUUUGGACCCAACAAAGACGUCUACCCCUACUUCGCAUUCGACAUGAAGGAGGUUGGCGACGAUUACGACUUCAACCUGACCUUCUGGGCCUCCUCGGUCACAUGGGGCUGCGAGCUCGUGGCAUCCGUCUGCGUCCGCCUGCUCAUCCGCUACAUUUUUGGGGUCGACGUCGGUAUGGAGGGAAAGCUUGACCUCGCCGUCUGGCCUGAGCUGCUACCGACGAGUGUGGCUGUCAUGUUUCAUGUGCUUCAAAACAUGUUUUUCUCAAUCAUCCGACUGCAAUUCCCCUGA